ACAAGUAUGCGACAACAGUAGAAUAGGCAUGGGUAGAUGUCAACAUACUUUGUACUAUGUGUGCGCCUGACCCACCCACUGUGGCAUUUUCUGGGCUUCGUAUAUGCGGGCUUUGGGGGGAUCCCUUUCCCCCACGAAUCUAAGAGCUUUUAAGGUCCUGCCUUUUGCUUAUUGUUAUCGUCCCCCAUGAUGUCCGCUGUCUCUUCCUUUCCCACAGCCCCAGCUGGGGUGUCAUCUCUUUGCCAGCAAGCUUGGGAGCAGGUGUUUUCCAAGGUGAAGCGGGCUGUCGUUUUCAUGGACUCUGCUUGUGCUGAGAGCCUGCACUGGACCUGUGGAGGAGCUGCGAGGCUGCUGCAAGCCGGGGCUCUGAACGUCAAAGAGUUUUCCAGCUUUGAAUCUGGGGGUGCGGAGCAACCCAAGGCGGUGUUUGUGGUCAGCAGCUUGCUGAAAGGGCGAACGGUGGCCAUCAUUCGGGACAUUGUGAGUCUCAGCAACUUCCAGUACAGUGUGGUUUUCACAGCUGUCAGCCAUGCAGCUCACCUGCAGGCUCAUAAUGCCUCUGGCGGUGCUGAGGCUGAAGGUGGCAGCCCUGUGGUUUUUGAGCAGUUUGAAGAAAAGCUUUGCCAGUGGAUGGGUAACAUGAACUACACUGCAGAAGUACAGCAUUGUGCAUUGUUUCUGGCACCUAUAUCACCCCACCUCUUUGUCCUACCUGCCUUUUCUUCUCUUUUCCCCCUGAUGGCUCAGGAUUUGUCUCAGAUCAAUAACGGCAGACCAGAGAAGAAAAAAUUUGCUAACUUGAGUGAUGUUGACUUUUCCUCUCUGUCUUCAGAGCUGCAGCUUGAGAUCAGGACAUUGGUGUCUGGUUUAAACUCCUUAUUUGAGUGCCUAGGUGUGCGGGAGGAAUGUUUUGCUGUUGGGCCACUGAGCAGGAUCAUUGCAGGGGAUCUAGCCAAUUACUCCCAAGCCAAGACCAGAAGGAAAGCUGCUCAAAGUAGAGCCUCUGUUAUUUUUGUGGAUAGGACAUUAGACUUGACAGGAGCAGUUGGUCAUCACGGUGACAACUUAGCAGAGAAGAUUCUGUCUGUGCUUCCCAAACUUCCAGGUCAUGCAAAUGACGUGAUGGUCAGCAUGGUGGAACUCACAGCUUUGCAGACUGAUGAUGCAAGUUGCCACAUCAUAGCACCAGGCUGCUUGGCACAACCCACUGAUCCAGCUGCUAAAGCUCUGUGGGAGUCCUUAAUGAACCUCAAGCACAAAGAAGCUGUGAUGGAAGUUAGGAGACACCUAGUGGAGGCUGCGAGCAGAGAAAAUUUGCCGAUCAAGAUGAGCAUGGGAAGAGUCACCCCUGAACAGCUCGCCUCGUUCAUCCAGCUCUUCAAAAAGAAAUUUGAAGCUCUGGAGAACCACUGUGGGCUUUUACAAAUUGCACUAGCCACGGUGCAGACACUAAAGAACACUCAAAAUGCCAAAUGGGACAACUUCUUAGCCUUUGAAAGGCUACUUAUGCAGAAUCUUGGAGAAUCAGCACUGCUCGGUGUUUUGAACCAAUUAGUGCCAAUAAUCAAGUCUCGUAACAACAGGACAGAUGACGAUCACACCCCUGAAGACGUCCUCAUCUUGUUGGUGUAUAUUUAUUCCAUCACAGGAGAAGUUGGUACUGGGAAAGAGUUAGAUGAGGCUGAAGGAAAAGUGAAAGAGUCACUUGUCCAUUCGAUUUGCGAUGAACCUGAGCUAUCUACCUUACUUCAAAAAAUAACAGGCUGCAAGUCUUCGUUGGAUCUGACAUGUCAGAAGGUCACCGUGGCAGUCAAUAAGAUCUUUAAAACCCUCAGGGACAUUACAAGAGCUCGAGCACAGAUGAAACAGUUUAAUUCAGUAUAUAUCCCAGGAAGCAGUACCCUACAGGCUUCUUACAAACCAUUGCUGAAGCAAGUGAUGGAGCAGAUAUAUAAUCCUGAUAGACCUGAUUGUGCUGAUAUUGAACAUAUGUCUUCUGGGCUCACCGACCUUCUGAAAACUGGAUUCAGCAUGUUUAUGAAGGUGAGUCGCCCUCACCCUAGUGAUCAUCCUUUGCUGAUCAUCUUCAUGGUUGGAGGAGUGACUGUGUCUGAAGUGAAAAUGGUAAAGGACCUUCUAUUGGCGCAGAAGCCUGGAGCACAGAUAAUCGUGCUGUCGUCAACCCUCCUGACUCCACUUCGCAUUCUUGAGUUGAUCUUUGCAACAGACCAUCUACAGCCGGACAUUGGCAUCUGAAGGACGGAGCAUUUGUCAAGGUUAAGCAGCUGGUUUGACUUGCUGAAAAUAUUAAACAAAACCCUCAUCUUCUAUCCUUCGGGGCAUCCUUCAAAAAUAAAACCACCUCUUUCCUUAAAAAAUAAAUUGAUCUGAUGGCCUUAAAGAAAUGUAUCUAAAAACAUGGUAGCACUUGAAAAUCUUUUUUAUUAUGCCAGUGACGUCAAUCCCGAGUAAAGAGUUAUUUCCAUCCAGCAUUACUUCUCUCUGCAGUAAUUCCAUAGUUAACUGAAGCCCUUUUAUCUCCAGCUUAUUGACAUGGACCGUCCUUGCGAAGGAUAACAAUUGCCACAUGUAGCAGUUUCAUAGGAAUAUUGUAGAACAAUGAAAGAGAGCAAAAGGGUAUUCCAUUUUUAUACAGAGUUUCUCUUCCGUCUGCAGCCAUCAUGUCAAUUGGCUGGUUUUGUGAUAUAAGUUAGGAAUGGCAGAUUAGAUCUUAAAUUCUCUGAGAGCAAAUGGACCUCAAUGGCAUCUUCUCAGUCUGUGAUGCAGCAGAGGAUGUACAGUAGAAUAUCUCACAGAUUUUAUAAUGAUAAUCCAUUUCCCAACCAACAGGCAUCUCUUGGGUAAGAGAAAAGCCUGGAUCACCUUUUAAUUGUUUUCCCAAAGUUCUCUGUCUCUUGAUGGUUUGAGAUGAAAAUGUUCUAAAUGGUGUUUAGCUGUGUUAGAGAUAAAUACACAGCUCUUGAUGGCUAACCAUACAUUUGUAUAUCAUAAGCUCGGUGGCAGAGAUUCGAAGGUUGGGCAGCUGAGUAUCAAAAUAAAGGUGUUCAUUUGUUUUGGUA